CAUUGUGGCUAAAGAAGACUACAUAUCCCGUGAUGCACUGCAGCAACGUGACACGUUCUCUCGCGAGGUUUCCGCUUCCCAGCCCGUGCUAAAAUUGCCUGUGAAACCCCUCGCCUUUCCUUUUCCCCAAGAUGGCUCCGAAAGCUAAGAAGGAAGCUGUCCCUGCCAAGACUGAAGCAAAGUCGAAGGCUCUCAAGGCCAAGAAGGCUGUACUGAAAGGAGUACACAGUCACAAGAAGAAGAAAAUCAGGACCUCCCCUACAUUCAGGAGGCCCAAGACCCUGAGACUUAGGAGGCAACCCAAGUACCCCAGGAAGAGUGCUCCUACAAGGAACAAGCUUGACCAUUAUGCCAUCAUCAAGUUCCCUCUGACCACAGAGUCGGCAAUGAAGAAGAUAGAAGACAAUAACACUCUGGUUUUUAUUGUGGAUGUCAAAGCCAACAAGCACCAGAUCAAGCAGGCCGUGAAGAAACUGUACGACAUUGACGUGUCCAAAGUGAACACGCUCAUCAGGCCUGAUGGCGAGAAGAAGGCAUAUGUCCGUCUUGCUCCAGACUACGAUGCCCUUGAUGUUGCCAACAAGAUUGGCAUCAUCUAAACGCAACGCCAGAUGUUCUGUACAGUAAUAAAUCCAAUAAAAAAACAUUUUGUUUG